AGUUCUAAUUAUAGCCUGAGGGGCUUAUCCUGUUAAAACAAUCUUAUUGUCUAGUGCAAUUGCUGCGCCGCGACACUACAUACAAACCCUACUUUACUCUUGACCCUAGUUAGCAUACGCCAGGUCGUCUACGUUCGUUUACGCUACAGUGACGAGGUCUAUUCUCGGUUUAUUCUGCUAUUGUUCCAGCCAGCAUGAUGGAAACACUGUCUAUUGCUACCUCGGCAACAGUACUACCCGCCCUACUAGCAUGUGUCAUUGCUUUUUACGUAUUUUUCCAUUGUUUAACUACGGAAAAGAAAGGCCAAAAUUCUUCCAAAAUCCCGAUGCAAAGCGUUCGUGGAAAAUUACAACGAAAGCUCGACAAAGUCGAAAAAGCAAUGGUAGGAAUGGGAAAGUUUGGGCCCGGUUCUGGGAUAGAUGUGAAUGUGCUGCUUGUGGAGUCCAGUUGUUCAUUGGAACAGGAGAUGGUAGUGAAAGCACUCGGUUUAUUGGCGCGAAAGUAUCCCCUACUUCGCAUGAGGUUGGUGGAAGGCGAUGAUGAUUUAUCUCACUUCAUCGAGCUCGAUGAUUUUGUCACGCCUUCAUUUCGUAGGGGGCAGUCCAGUUCAACUGAUUGGGAACGAUGUUUCGCUGAGGACAGUAAGAUACCGUUUGAUUACUCGAGAGGACCGCUCUGGAGGGUAACCCAGUUACAGGAAGUUCAAAGCGAGUCAGGCAAUUUCAAGAAUGCGCUUCUGUUUACCUUUCAUCACUGUAUUUGUGAUGGUGGUUCUAUUAUGGCACUUUACUCACAGUUCUUGGAUUACUUGAACCUCCUAUAUAAGCAUGAAACUAUUCAAGUCCAGAGCAUGGAGCUAAGGCCGCCUAUGACCUCGCUGUUACAACACAAGACCAAGACCUCCUCGUUUGAGAAAAUAUUCUUCUCUAUUUUACCAAUGAUGAUUAAGAUAAAGUCCUUUGUGACAAAGCCAGCAAACAACAGCUUUCUCGAAGUCUUCCCACUUGCCAAACCUGAAGUAUCUAUCGCUGAGAAAAAGACUUGUGUCCUUCCUAAAGAAGUUAACAUUGACGAAAUGGCACGCAUUGCCAAAUUAGCUAAAGAAUACAAAAGCACAGUCCAUGGUGUCGUCACAGCAGCAACGCACAUCGCUUUGGCCCAGAUCCUAAACAGCGGAGCGAGAGAAAAAUCAGCCAAGGUUAACAUUAAAAGCUCCUUCAACGUCUCAAUGAGAAAGGAAUGUCUGCCCGAGGUAAAACCAGAUGAAUUUGGCUGCUUUAUCUCUAUCAUACAACAGCAGACAAACGUCCAAACCAAACAAGAGUACACUAAAGAAGAGUUCUGGAAACGUGCAGCAGAAUUCACGAGUAAAGUCCAUGGCAUGAUGAAACAGCAAAAACACUUUGAGUUUGUGAAGUUUUUAAAUAAUGUUAAUUUUAAAUCAUUUCAAAAUUCUCUAGGGGAGGGAGGUAGGUUUGAUAACAUCUUUAAUAUCUCUAACAGAGGUCGAUAUGUAUUUGGUACUGAGGACACAGGACCAUUCAAGUUUAAUGGUACAUAUUUUGCAAUGGCAGAGCAACACUGUGGCCCAGUAUUUACCAAUAAUCUUGUUUCUGUCAAUGGUAAGUUGUUCUUGGGCCUAGUUUACUAUCCCCACAUUUUAACAGAGGAACAUGCCUCUCAGUUUAUUAAUUUGACCCUCUGUAUUUUGAGGAAAGCAAUUGCUUAGAUGAUUGCAAGGCUAAGAACCAAAC